AUGCUGUCAGGAAAGUCACCCGUGGACCCAUUUCCACAUAUAGAUAUAUGUGAGUCGGAUGGAGGACAAGUAGCCACCCCGCAUGAUGAUCCUCUUGUGGUCGAGAUCAAAAUCUCCAAUAUGAGAGUAAAGUGUAUCCUGAUAGACACUGGGAGCUCGUCCGACAUAAUGAGCAUGGAGUGCCUCAGCCGCCUAGCCCACGACCCCAAAACCAUAGAGAGCAUACAUUAUCCCAUCAUUGGUUUUGGAGGAAGCGUCAUACAUCCUAUAGGCGUCAUCAACCUGCCGGUUCGGUUCGGAGAUCGAAAAGAUGGACAGAAGAUGGGAGUAAACUUCCUAAUCGUCAAGGACUUGACAGCAUACAAUGUCAUCUUGGGACGUCCCACCCUGAACAAAAUUAAAGCGGUAGUCGUCACCCAUCUCAUGCUCCUGAAGUUUGUAUGUGAUGAUGGGGCGAUAGGGACUAUACAUGGAGACCAACAGCAGGCAAAAGACUGCUACCUCACAACCCUCAACCCGUCAGCAUGGAAGAAAGAUUUGGCCGAAGAAAGAGGCAAGAGAAAGCAUGAGGAGGAACUACCUACCGCUAAUGAGAGUAUACCAGUCAAGACAGAAAAAGGUGGCUAG